GUCAAGAAACUUCAACAGUAGAUGCAGUUUUGUAAUUGAUCCCUAUUUAUUACAUAAACCUUAUGUUAAGGUACACCUAAGUUUACAUACAGAAUGUGGAUAUGUUAAUAAGACAAUCGCUAAUGGAACACUUGUACACGACAAUAGACAAGAUACACAUUGUUUGAAUUCAAAUAUGUGUGAAAUUACUGUGGAUGCAGCAAAAGUUGCAAAAGAGAUUAAUGCAGUGAAGAAAUACAACAGAACAAGUACCACUACACCAAGAACCACGAAACCAGUUACGAAGUCCACAAUUAUAAGAAAGAGUAGUACAGAUAUUGGUAAAGUUAUGGACACCACUACAACUGUGAACCCGAGAGACAAAAUCAAACAUAACACGGGGGACCAUGGGAGAGACGACGGGAACCACCCGAGAGACACUGCGACGGACAAUAGGAGAGACAACGCGAACAACCCGAGAUUAACCACAAGAGGCAAAUUCAGAGACCAACCAAACGACCCAAGAGACACUGCGAGGGAAAAUGGGAGAGACAACGCGAACAACCCGAGAUUCACCACAAAAGGCAAAUUCAGAGACCAACCAAACGACCCAAGAGACACUGCGACGGACAAUAGGAGAGACAACGCGAACAACCCGAGAUUAACCACGAGAGGCAAUUUCGGGAACCACCCUAGAGAAAAUCCCAGAGAUAACGCGAGGGCAGUGACAGACAGAAAGCAAGAAUCAUUGCGAUUGAAAACGCCACAGAAAACGUGACAAAUAGCCUAGGAGUCACCGUGAGAGACAACGAGAGUGACAACACGGCAGACGAAGCAAAUGCAACAGUUGUUCCUGACAAUAGCCGGAUGCCACAGAGUUCUGAAACCCCUGUUUUAAUUUACAUCAUACCUGUGGUAGUUGCAUGUCUCCUUAUACCAAUCAUUGUAAUCAGCAUAAAAAGAUAUCGGCUUCGAAAUUCAAGACAACAUGCGGUUGAUAUAGCUACCUAUUCUACGAAGAAUCAAGUGUUGUAUGCAGAGCUAGAUCUUGCGACGGCUAACAAAGAAGUCGGGAGAAACAACGAAGACUCACCGUAUGUAGAAAUUAUUGGAGUUUUGUUGCCAAAAAAUAAAUAAGUACUAUCUAUAUAAAUAAAAAUGUUUUGGUAAGCGCAUAACUCAACAACGCCUGGACCAAUUUGGCUAAUUCUUUUUUUGUUGUGUUUUUUAUUGUCAGGAGAAGAAAAAGAAAAAAAAUAGGGUAAAGUAGAGGAGUCAGUUGAC